AUGUGGCACGAAAGUGCAUUGGAAAUGGGUUGUAUGUUAAAAUCUAUUUUUCGACUUGACGAGAUUGUAGACCCUGAUUAUUAUGAAUUUGAAGCACAUAUUUAUUUAGAUGAUGCUUUUGAAUUAAAUGAACAUAAUAAUCCAAUACCUAAUAAAUUUGUUCAUCAGUUACUUGGAAGUAUGAAUGAAGCUGCCUCUUCUGUACAUCAAACACAACUUCAACUACGUACACCCAAAAUUUGUAUUACCCCCUAUGGAGGUAGAAUUAGCUAUGUUUUGCCUGGACGAAAUAGACUUUCUAUUCAUCUUAAAAAUAGGUUCCUUAUUAGACAAAGAAAACGUUGGAGCCAAGUUAUGUAUCUUUAUUUUCUUCUUGGAUUUCGUCUCACUCUUCGUGUUAGUGACAAUAAAAGGAGAGAAUUACUUGCAGAAAAUACUUUUAUAUUAACAUUGGACGGCGAUGUUGAUUUCCAACCAGAAUGUGUACAUUUGUUAGUUGAUUUAAUGAGGAAAAAUCGUCGAUUAGGUGCUGCUUGUGGUCGUAUCCAUCCUCGUGGUUCUGGUAAAAUGAAUAAAUUUUUCUGA